UUUUGUGUCAGGAGACGGAACGGCAGACGGAUUUCAGCCUAAAGGUUGUUAAAGCAGCAGUUGGUCUUCAGUUGAAUGAGUCUCUGAUGUUUCCAGCACACUGACAUCAUGGCGGCUGCAGCACCAGAUGAUCUACAUCCUCUGAAGCGAAGUAGCAGCUUUGAACUCCUGCCACCUGACAUGUCUGAGCUGAGGGUUGUUCUGCUGGGGAACAGCUGGUCUGAGAGGAGUUCAGUGGGAAACUUCAUACUGGGAGAGACUGCGUUCAACAAUGCACCUGAAUGUUGUCUGCAAAUCAGUGGACCAUUGGAGGAGAAAAGAGUAGUUGUGAUUAACACUGAAGAUCUGCUGCAUCCCAACAUCUCUCAACACAAACUGACAGAACAUGUAGAAAACUGUGUGAGACUCUCUGAUCCUGGACCUCAUGUGUUCCUGCUGGUUCUACAGCCUGAAGACUUCACUAAGGAACACAAACUGAGACUACAAUCAAUCCUUGAACUCUUCAGUGAUCAAUCAUUUGAUCAUUCUCUGGUUCUGAUAUCAACACCCAGAGAGGAGAGUCCAGGGUUGAUAGAAAAAUACCUGGAACGUCCUCCAUUAAAAGACAUGAUCAGAAAAUGUAGAUACAGAUAUUUGAAGCAGGAGAACCUUGAACAUUCAGAGCUGUUAACACGCUUGGGUCAAAUUGUGAAGAAGAAGAAUGGAGAAUACGCCAGCUGUGAUGCAUUUAAGGCUCCAACAUCAACUUCACCAGGUGAUCAUCAAAGUCCAAAACAAAAGGAAACUCAGACUUCUAUCACAGAUGCUACCAUAAGACCAAAGUCUGAACUCAUCAAACCAGCUUUAAACCUGGUUCUGUGUGGGAGGAGAGGAGCAGUGAAGACUUCAGCAGCCAAGGCCAUUUUAGGUCAGACAGAGUUUCAUUCAGUCUCCAACUCAUCAGAGUGUGUUAAACAUCAGGGAGAGGUGUGUGGACAUCGGGUUUCCCUGGUGGAGCUGCCUGCCUUGUAUGGAGAACCUCAGGAGGCAGUGAUGGAGGAAUCACUCAGGAGUAUCUCCCUCUGUGAUCCUGAGGGCGUCCAUGCCUUCAUCCUGGUCCUACCUGUGGGUCCCCUCACUGAUGAAGACAAGAAAGAGUUAAAGACCAUCCAGAACACAUUCAGCUCUCGAGUCAAUGACUUCACCAUCAUUCUGUUCACUGUGGACUCAGAUCCUACAGCUCCAGCUGUUGUUAACUUUGUGAAAGAAAACAGAGACAUCCAGGAGCUCCGUCAGAGCUGUGGAGGAAGAUAUGUUGUUCUCAACAUCAAGGACAAGCAGCAGAUCCCAGAACUGUUGGACAUGGUGGAAAAAAAUACUAAAAAUAAACCACACUGCUAUACAACUGAAACAUUUACACAUGCACAAAUGGAUAAAGUCAUACAACUUGAGAGGCUGACGAAGAAGAACAAGAUCACUUGUGAUGAUGAAGAACAGAGUCCAGAGUGUCUCAGGAUUGUGCUGAUAGGAAAGUCUGGCUGUGGAAAGAGCUCUUCAGGAAACACCAUUCUUGGAAGAAAACAGUUUGAAGCCAAAUCAGCCCAAACAUCAGUCACUAAACACUGUCAGAGAGCACAGAGUGAAGUUGAUGGUCGUCAGGUGGUUGUGGUCGACACUCCUGGUCUGUUUGACAAUAGUUUGUCUCAUGAAGCGGUUCAUGAGGAGAUGGUGAAAUGCAUCAGUCUUCUGGCUCCAGGACCACAUGUCUUCCUGUUGGUGUUACAGAUUGGCAGAUUUACACCAGAGGAGAAGGAGACAUUAAAACUCAUCAAGGAAGGAUUUGGGAAGAAUUCUGAGAAGUUCACCAUCAUUCUUUUAACUGGAGGAGAUACACUGGAAGAUGAGGAGCAGUCGAUCGAUGAGUACAUUGAAAAAGAGUGUGAUGAUUCCUUUAAGAAGCUGAUCUCUGACUGUGGAGGAAGAUACCAUGUGUUUAAUAACCGAGAUAAACACAACCGCACACAGGUCAGUGAGCUGAUAACCAAGAUUGACACCAUGGUGAAGGAAAAUGGAGGCAGCUGCUACACUAAUGAGCUGCUGCAAGAGGCUGAAGCUUCAAUAAAGAAAGAAAUGGAGAGAAUCCUGAAGGAGAAGAAAGAAGAGAUGAAGAGACAGAUGGAGGAACUUCAAAGAAAACAUGAGAAAGAAAUGGAGAGAAUCUUGAAGGAGAAGGAAGAAGAGAUGAAGAGACAGAUGGAGGAGCUUCAAAGAAAACAUGAGGAAGAAAUGGAAGAAAUGAAAAGAAGAAUGCAAGAGCGGAGAGUAGAAAUUGAAAAGGAGAGAAAACUGAGAGAAAAACAACUUGAAGAAAAGAAGGAAAACAUCAAAAAGGAACGUGAGAGGGGAAAGAAAGAACAGGAAAUGAGAGAAGAAGAAGACAGGAAGAGAAAACAACAGGAAGAAAUUCAACGACAGGAGUGGAAACAGAAAGUUGAAGAUUUGGAGGAAAAAAUUAAAUCAGAGUCAGAAUCAAAGAAAACCAUUGAUAGAAAGCUGGAGGAGAGAAGAGAAGAGAUGAGAAAAGAACGAGAGAACUGGGAGAAACAACAAAAAGAAUGGUGGGAGGAACGAUUUCAGGAAAAUGAACAGAGACGAAAGGGGGAAUAUACAAAGCUGAAAAAGCUUCAAGAAGAAUACGAACAGGAAAGAGAAAGGUACAAAAAGAAAAGAAAAGAAGAGGAUCGGAUCAGACGAGAACAAGAGGAAAAAGAAAAAAAAGAGAUAGAGGAGAACUAUAAGAAAAAACUGGAGAAUCUGAAAAAGACAUAUGAAGAAGAAGCUAGAGGGGACUACUUUAAGUCAUGAAAUUCAAACGGAAAAAACCCCACAUAAAAUACAAUAUAACAUAAAAAAUAUAUACAAUGUAUACAAUAAAGUGGAACAUGGUCCAGAUGGAUGCAAAAACAGAGUUGUGCUUAACAGGUUAAUAACAGUUGUGGAGUUGGAUGGCUGAUGCAAUUUUUAAAUUCGGUCAGAAGGAGGGAGCUAGCAGAAGUGAAGGGUGUAGUUACACUUUCAAGUGAAAAGUGGGGUGAGACCUGGACCUUGGUCACAGAAAUACUUCCUGAUUUCCUGUCAGGUGUCUAUGACUAAUCUGGACCUUUUUGAACAUGAUGGGUUGCAUCCAAACAGGAAAGAAACAGUCAGUCAACAACAGUUACUGUUUGUCAGACUUAUUUGGUCUGUUUCUGCAGCAGGACCAUCCCAAGCAUCUUGGCUCUGUCUCAUAGCCAUGUCCCUGAAAGUGGGGUCAGAUCCUUGGGCAGAGGUCUGCUGGCUGUUCCUGAGACCUAGCUCAAGACCAAAGGUGCCUUUGCUCUCGGGGUGGCGGUAGCUCAGUAUGUAGGGACUUGGCUGGGGAACCGCCGGUUCAAGUCCCACAGACCACAAAAUAUAGAGUGUGGACUGGUAGCUGGAGAGGUGCCAGUUUUCAUUCUUGUGUACUGCCAAGGUGCCCUUACCAACCUAACCCCAAAACCUGCUCAUGUGGCGCCGUUGACAUGCAGGCCCAUCACUCCACCAUCUCUCUCCCCUUUGCAUGUCAACAAGUGUGUGAAGUGUGUAUUUCAGCCUGUGUCUGUGUGUAUAUGAAAAAGAACAAUUUCCCUCUAGGGGAUCAAUAAAGUAUAUCUUCUGAAUUCCCUUCCCAAGGAUCUUGCUGAAUCAGUGACAUCUUUUAAAACAUAUCUUUAAAAAGCCUUUUAUUUAUUCUAGCACACUGUUUAAUUUUCCAUAAUGUCUCAUCUAUUUUAUUAUAUAUAUAUAUAUAUAUAUAUUAUAUUUUUAUCAAAUAUAAGUGAUGGGUAUUUUAUUUAUUUAUUUAUUUUUCUUUAAUUUUUCUUAUGUAUGUUAAUUGUCUAAAUGUAUUUGCCCCAGUGCAGUUGUAUGUUGUAUCUCUUUAAUUGUUAGUUUUUAUUUUUACUGAUGGGGGUCUUUUAUUAUUUUUAUUUUACCUUACUUCUAUAUGUUUUAAAUUGUCUAAGUGACUUAACUAAUUGCUUAAUGAAAAUACAUGGAUUACCAUCACUGUAAAUCCCUCACAGUAGCUUUACUGCUCGAUUUGUGUGGAGAAAAGAAAAACGUCCUCAGUUUGGCCUUAACCAGAUGUUGCUAUGUCCUUGUGCAGACUACAGAGCCUCCUGAAUGUUACACUCUGGACCUUUAAACUGCAUGUGUUGUUGCACUCACAGAGGUUCAGUCUCAGCAGCUUGUAGAUCGCAGUGAGAACACAGCCUGUCUUCCGUUGGCAGCCAUGUUAGUCUGAGUCUUCCUGUUUCAGUGUUCAGGUUGUGCUCACUGAGUCUGUACAUUGUUCAUGUUUUUUAUCAGCUGUAAUGCUCAGAUACAGGGACAGUGUGGAGCUGCUUUUUAGGCUCUAAUAACAGUUGAGUUCAUGUUGUGUUUCAGUAGUUGAGGUGUAGUUUUCUUUUUUAUUGUGUAUCAUUUGGUUGAAUUUGCUGAUGCUCUCAGGUGUUUGUAACAGAUUGUGUUACAGUGAGUCAGUCUCAGGACUAGCUGACUCCUUUCUAGAUUUUAACAUUACAAGUUUAUGAAUCAUAGUUUUUCUCCAGUGGAGUUGAACUGUUUGUGAAGGCAUUGUUUGAACUCAAGAUCAAUCAUUUAUUUUCUGAGCUUGUUGAUGUCAGAAAGAUCCCAGCUUGAAGUGCACAUUCUGGGUUUUCUCUUUGUUUUUCUAGUCUUUUUCCCAACUGUAGAUGCAAAUAAUGUAUAAAGCUGGAAGCUCUGUUUGGUCUUUAGAGAUGAUCUUUGUUUUCUUUUGAAUAUGAGAAAGAAAAUGAUGUUUGUGAGUGAAAUGAAAUGUUUAGAUGUCAUUCACUCUGUUUUCUCUGCAACACCCAAAUCACAAAUAUCACAGCAAAUAUUAAAUAUGAAUCCAAGCUGAAUAUCAUUUAAACUGCUCAUCAGAUGAAUCAGAAUGAUAAAGAAUGACUUUAUAGACAAUGAAUGCUUUGAUGUUUCUCUGUUUUGUUACAUGUCCAAUAAGAAUAGAUGCUUUAUAACUGAUGACAUCAACUUAAGACAGAAUUCAGAUGAAUCUUUAAUUGUAUGUUCUGUGUUUGAUCUUUGGUUUCUGUGUUUAUCAUUAUAAAAGAUGAAUAAAGUGUUUCCCUGUA